AUGCUCGAGGAAAAGUACAUCGGGCUGGGGCUCGCGUUGGGAGGGACAUUCCUCAUCGGCUCCAGUUUCAUCAUCACAAAAAAGGGUCUCAACGACGCAGCGGCUCGAUCCGAUGAAUACCCCCACUCCCAUCAACGGUCAAAUAACUCGCGUAGCGCCUCGGAUGAUCUGGCAUAUCUACAAAAUCCCAUCUGGUGGGCUGGUAUGAUCACUAUGGUUGUCGGAGAAGUGGCCAACUUUGCGGCUUAUACUUUUGCCCCGGCUAUCUUGGUUACACCACUCGGUGCCAUGAGUGUGAUUAUAGGAGCUAUCCUGGCAUCGUUCCUUCUUGAUGAGAAACUUGGUCGACUAGGUGUUUGUGGAUGCGCCGCCUGUAUUAUCGGAUCGGUCGUCAUUGUCCUUCAUGCUCCCUCCGACAAGGAAGUGGAGACUGUCGACGAGAUAUUGAGCUAUGCCGCUCGUCCAAUCUUCCUCAUAUAUAUCACCUUUGUCGGCGUCUUCUCAUUGUUCAUGAUCUAUCGCGUUGUUCCGACACAUGGCACCAAGAACCCUAUGGUCUACCUUUCGAUUUGCUCUCUUGUAGGAAGUGUCUCUGUCAUGGCUAUUAAGGGCUUCGGCGUGGCAUUGAAAUUGACCUUAUCCGGCAACAACCAAUUGACGCACGUCAGUACCUACGUGUUCCUCGUUGUCGUUGUAGGAUGUAUUGUUGUGCAGAUGAAUUACUUCAACAAAGCACUGGAUACUUUCUCCACCAAUGUUGUCAACCCCAUUUACUACGUCUUCUUUACGACCGCUACAAUCAUCGCCUCUGCCCUUCUCUUCUCGGGUUUCAAUACCCCUGGCGGCGUCAACACCAUCUCUCUCAUAUGCGGUUUCCUCACCAUCUUUAUGGGUGUCUACCUUCUCAACAUCUCUCGAGAACCCGAGACACCGCAUCCCACUACCAGUCUGGAGUCUGGUCUCAUGAACCCCCGGAUGAGUAUGUCCGGUCGACUUUCAAUGGAAUCCAAUGGUGCCGGAUUUGGCUACGGUGCCGUCCCAGGUUCCUCUUACGCCGCCGACGGCUCUCUCCAGUCGGCCGGCCAUGGGCGUCGCUCCAACCUUUACCGCGCUCAGAAUUCUACGCUUUUCAACGCUUUUGAAGAAGAAGGCGUGCCGCUGGGAGAGUUACCGGAGGAGGAUGAGUCGUCAGAUGACGAAGGAGGGAGGAGGGGCCAGAGGGGGCAACAAGGGCCGGGAAGGAGCUUGCUAGGUGGAAAGAAGGGGAGGGAGGGGGACGUUGAAGGGGGAAGGCAUCCUGCUUAUCAAGACUCGGGGCGAUGA